CAAAUGUCAGGCGACGAAGAUCGUCCGGUGAGGAAGCGGACGCGAAAAGUGCCGCCUCAUGAAUGUACCGUUAUAUUGAUUGAUGUGGGUGCAAACAUGAAAGGGCAGAUGAGUGAGCAGGAAGGCCCGGACUUGGAACUGGCCAAGCAUACCACCGAAUGGAUCAUCACAAGGAAGAUCUUCACCGAAUCGCCUGAUGAAUUUACACUGGUCCUUUUUGGCUCCGAAAAAACACUGAAUCCAGUGACCGAUGAUCAGAACAUCUAUUUUUGUGAGGAAGAAAUGCAGAGGGCAAAAAUUGAUUGGCUACGGCUGAUCGAUAAAGAAAUCAAACCAAGCAAAUCUGUUUAUGGAGAUUUUCUGGCCGCGUUAAUUGCGGGUUUGGAUUAUAUGCGUGAUCAUUUGGGCUGCUAUCCGGAAAGUAACAUUACGGCUCGCAAUAUUUUGCUCAUAACAAAUCUUGGUGGGUCAGAAGAAGAUCUGGAUGAGGAACGCGCCCGUGCUGUUGUGAAUGGCAUGAAAGCACUUGAAAUCAGCUUCAAUGUCAUAGGCCCAUCAAUUGCAAAUUUGGAGGCAGUCAAAGAAGAAAUUAUGAAAAGCGGCGAAACGACACAAACUCAGGCCAAAAAGCUCUCGAAGACAAGCAGUUCAUUGAAAAUGGAGAUCGCGGAACGUAUUUUGACGGAUAUUGUUAAGCAAACGGACGGAGUGAUCUAUUCAUUUACGUAA